CCGCCUGCUCUUGCGACCUGCCACCAUCAUCGCACAACAGCGGAUUGCUCCCUCUGUUUAAUAUCAAGAUGUCGGCUCAAAACCUGUACUUCACGCCACAACGCAUGCGAGGCUCACGAUCCUUAAAACACAUACCCAACGAGAUAUACCUCGAAAUCUUUGACCUCCUUCGACCUGGACCAUUCAGCUCUUUCUCUAUCGAAGAACACAAAGCCAUUCUUUCGAAACUGAUGCUUGUGUGCCAUUUCUUUCGGGACGUCUGUGCUCCUCGCCGAUACAGCUCACUGCAAAUCAAAGGCUCGCAAAAGCGCCACGUCGACUUCUGCGAUGCGGUCCGAAAGUCUCCUCGUCAGAUACCCGACACGAUAUUGGCGCACGUCAAGGAGUUUUGUUUCUCGGACUGGUUGCCGCCGACGAGGGAGCAUAAAUGGGUCGUGCAAGGCUUGCUCAAGGUCUACUCAACCACUAUCGACAAGCUCCCGAACGUGACCUCUAUCUCUUUGGUUUGCGUGUCCGUCGAUUCUGCCUUUUUCGACGCGGUAUCCGAGAUGCAGAACCUUCGCGAAGUCGAGUUCACCAAAUGCGCUUUCCAGCCUCUCAGCGGAAAGCAACCGGCGAAAAUGAAGAAAGCAUCACUUUUGACCAAAUUCGCGGUCAUCGAGGGCUAUGACUUCGAGACGUAUCUCCCCCGCUUCAAAGCACUCGCAUCCUCGCCUUCCCUGACCAGCUUCACGACUACACAUAAUUCCGUUGCCAAAGCCGUCCUGAAAGGAACCACACCUCUCGAUAAUCUCAAAGCGCUGUCUAUGCCAUACGAUAACAUUGACAACGCCUUGACCACAGAUGUCAUCUCCCGUGCACGCAACCUCGAGUCUCUUUCCUUCCCCUUCGCGCAAGAUCCCGCCACGCUGGUGAAAGAGCGACCACCCAUAAAAACCCAAUUUUUGUGCGUUCCACCUUCCGCCCUUCACAAGCUCAGAAAGCUACAAUGCCCUAGUUGGUUGGUGGAGGAUUUCGUGGUCGAUAGGCCGAUGGUGCCAGAACUAGAAAUCUCUGCGGAACUGGCUGUGGGUCGGGCAUGCAUGAAUGACCACGAUGCGUAUGCGACCCCAAGGAUUCUUGAUGCGUUGAGGGACUCCACGAAACAUAUACGCUCGCUUGCCAUCGGAGUAAAUGCGCUUGCACACAAAAAUGAGGACAAGGCGAAGGGAUUUUGUGUCGGGGAUCUGGAGAGCUUAGAAACUCUGAAGCUCUACGUCUCACGCAGAUGGGACUUCAGCGAUCUUCGAUCAAAUCUAUUGAGUCCUUCGAGGCCACACAUCCACGCCACAGUAGCCAACGUGUCUAUCCUGAUGGCGCGUCUCAAUGUUCGGGACAGCUCGGACGGGGAUGUCUACUCUCCCGACGUUUGCAACUUCAACCUCCGUCUCCAACACAAGAUGAUCACCAAAUUCUGGGCCGAAGCGUUCCCCGGCGCGCAAACCAUCUCUUUCAACAACUUUUUCAUGUGGCAAAAAAUACCUCUUUCCGCACCCAAAGCCAGCCCUCGGCCAGUCUCUGGAUCGCAAUCGAAGGCCCGUUCCGAUCCGCGUUCUUUGGCCAAAUCCGUAUCGAGAAUCAGCAUAAAUGGUGUGGUAUCCCAUUCGAACCCGACACCUGAACGACGCGACAACUUCGAAUGGAGCCCUGUCGCCGUCGGAAGGGCUGUUUUGAAAGAGCGGCUCACGAAGCUGUGCUCGAGCCACGCAGCAGAAGUACAGGACUUUGGUGGAUGUUUGGAGGGGCUUUGGGAGGGUGGGCGCAAGGAGAUACCGGAGAAUGUGAGGGACCUGCUUGGAUUGGGCGCCGAAGAUGAGGAGGAGUCCGCGACAGAGGAAGAGUCGGUGACUGAGGAAGAGUCUGAUGCUGAAGAGUAG